GCCACCCAUGUUAUAAGAGGGCCAGGGCCCAAGCGAGUGGCAACAUCUCCAAACUUGUCAGCACGAUGAGGCUGACAGCAAUGACCUGCCCUCUAUGGUUGAUCACAAGAUCAACAAGGACAAGACUGUUUGUUCACCCCUUUCUCUCCAACACACCCCAUAUCAGUCUGGACAGAAACCGUUGGACGAUUUACUUAGGAGACCAGGAUUAUUCCGUCUAUAAUCUCUAUAUUACUCCUAGAGAAGAAGGUUUGAUCUCAACUAAUGGCUGUCUUAGAGAUGUUCAUGCUUCGGUAUGUUAGGACUUUAAUCCUUUUCAUCUUGCUUCUACAUCGCUGGGGUCAACUGAGUCCAAUUCCUUCCCUGAAGGAACCAUUUUCAGGAGGUCUUGGAGCGGCGGAUACAUCUUUGCUGGACCAGGAUGAUAAUGUUGACGUUCAGGCAGUUCUAGGUCAGUUUCUCUACAUGUUAAAUUUAACAGAGCAAGAGCCAAAGCUGAGGCCCCGGGCUGUCCAUACUGAGCCACCAGAGUACAUGCUGGAACUGUACAACCACUACGCUAAGGAUCAUAGCACCAGACCUGCAGCAAAUAUUGCACGGAGUUUCAAGAAUGAGGAUUCCUCCCCCUAUAGCAUGACAAGAAGAGGUGUGAGGACGCUCCCUCUCAUGUUCAACGUCUCUGUCCCACGUCAAGAGUAUAUUAUUGCCGCCGAGCUCCGCCUUUACAUGCUGGUACAUAGAGAUCCUCAGCGCAGCUAUGGUGUGGACUGGAAGGUAACAGUUUUUGAGAGGCAAGUAGAAGGUGGUCUGUCAUUUCAAAAUUCUGAGGGGGGAACUUUGGAGAACAAUUUGACUGGUAUGCAGGAGCUGGCAGUAAGGCAUGGCCAGCUUAAAGAGAGCAGAUGGGAGGUGUUUGAUCUGACUGACUCUGUUCUACGCUGGAGAAACCUGGAGAGCACAAGCCACUGGCUUGAGGUGCAGAUCGAAAGUGAGAAUCAGCGUGAACUCCUUGAUGAAGACAAGAGUGCUAUAUUUAUCAGCCUGGACAUUGAAAGGAGUGUGGGAGGAAAGCAUGAGCCAGUGCUGAUUGUAUUCUCAGAUAAUGAAAGUGAAAAGGACCGGUCAAAGAAGACAGUCACAGAAAACAACACUGGCUUGUUAGAGCUCAAUGAAUUUGAGUUGGUGGGUGAAAAAGAUGACGACAGCAAAGAAGAAAAUGAGGCCCAUUUAAUGCAAAUGCGUUCUAACAUGAUCUACGACAGUGCGCCUCGAACCCGCCGCAACGCCAAGGGAAACCCGUGCAAGAGGACUGCACUCUAUGUGGAUUUUAAAGAGAUAGGCUGGGACUCGUGGAUCGUUGCACCUCCAGGCUUCGAAGCCUACACUUGUCACGGAGAGUGCGAUUAUCCAUUACUUCCGCAAGUGACGCCCACCAAGCACGCCAUUAUCCAAACACUACUCAAUUUGAAAAGCCCUCAAAAAGUCUCACGAGCAUGUUGCGUGCCCACCAAGCUGGAACCAAUCUCUCUGCUGUACGAAAAUGAGAACGGCCAUGUCAUUUUCCAGCACAAAUACGAAGGCAUGGUGGUGGCAGAGUGCGGCUGCAGAUGAAAUCUCAAAACUCUCAUAAACUCUCACCCGGGAAGCCGAGAAGCCAAACAGACAAGAUUGAGAGGCCUGAGAAGAUGACAUAAAUGUUCAAAUAUGAACAAGUAACCAGGAUCAACAAUGAUGUUGCCUUUGUGUGCUAAUUAACACCAUAUCUAGCAACUCUUGGUAGAAGUAUAAAAAAAGUAUCGUCAGUAGCACAGUAGCAUGCUGCUAUGUGAAGUAUACAGACACUGUAACCUGGCAUGGAAUGGAUAAACAUCAUGGAGCAAAAGAGACAUUCAUUUUGACAUUUCACUUAAUGUAUAUCUGCUUUUUAUAGUGUAGGCUAGUGCUUUUCUAUUGUACAAAAAUAUUUGUUGCAGUCUAGAAUAUAGUGUUUUCAAUCCCAUUUCAUACUUAUAAUAAAGUGAAAAAUAACCUUGGUUCAAAACACAACCUACCAACAGCCUUCAUUACAUCUGAAUCAUUUCAACGGCAGUUGAUAAGUAAGAAAUAAAACACUUGGGAUGUGCUGUUAUAGGAAAAUAAACAACAACAGUG